CGCUGAGCGUUUCGCCGCAGCAGCCAGCGGCAGCCCCCGGCGCGGCGGCGGGUCCCGCCCGGCGGCCGCGAUCCGGUGCCCCAUGGUGGUGCUGCGGAAGCUGCCGGGCAUGCCGGGCUGGCCGGCGGCGCUGGGGCUGCGGCUGCCGCAGAAGUUCCUGUUCCUGCUCUUCCUCUCGGGCCUGCUCACGCUCUGCUUCGGGGCCCUCUUCCUCCUGCCCGAUUCCUCCCGCUUCAAGCGCCUCUUCCUACCCCGCCGGGCCACCGCCUCCGCCUCCUCUUCAUCCUCCGCCUCCUCGUCGUCCGCCUCCUCCUCCUCCACCCGCGACACCGACCUGCCCCGCAGCCCCCCCGCCGCCGCCGAGCCCCGCCACGCCAGCCCCGCCGCCCCGCGCCGCCUGCGGGAGAAGCUCCGCGCGGCCGCCCGCGUGGCCGGGCCGCACACCGCGCCCGGCUCCCGGCAGCAGGUGCAGGGCGGCCAGAGCCGAGCCCAGCCCGCCAGCGGCGCGCCCCCGGCCCGGGAGACGCGGGCCCCGUUCCGCUUCGACUACGAGCGGUUCCGCCGGAGCCUCCGGCACCCGGUGCGGGGCGGGCGCAGCGCGGAGGACGCCGAGACCCGCGCCCGCAGGAUGAAGAUCAAAGAGAUGAUGAAGUUUGCCUGGGAUAACUACAAGCAGUACGCCCUGGGGAAGAACGAGCUGCGCCCGCUGACCAAGAACGGCCACAUCGGGAACAUGUUCGGAGGCCUUCGAGGAGCAACUGUGAUAGAUGCCUUAGAUACCCUCUACAUCAUGGGGCUCGAGGAGGAAUUCCAGGAAGCCAAGCAGUGGGUGGAGAAGAGCUUUGACUUGAACGUGAACGGAGAGGCUUCGCUCUUCGAGGUGAACAUCCGCUACAUCGGGGGGCUCCUGGCCACCUACUACCUGACAGGAGAGGAGGUGUUCAAGAACAAAGCUCUGGAACUCGGAGAGAAACUUCUGCCAGCCUUCAACACCCCCACUGGGAUCCCACGUGGAGUGAUCAACCUGGGCAGUGGCAUGAGCUGGAGCUGGGGCUGGGCAUCUGCUGGGAGCAGCAUCCUGGCAGAAUUUGGGACCCUGCACCUGGAGUUCCUGCACCUCUCCGAGCUCUCUGGCAACCCAGUGUUUGCAGAAAAGGUGAUGAACAUCCGCAGGGUGCUCAGCAGAGUGGAGAAGCCGCAGGGGCUGUACCCCAACUUCCUGAGCCCGGUGACGGGGAGCUGGGUGCAGCACCACGUCUCCAUCGGGGGGCUCGGGGACAGCUUUUAUGAAUAUCUCCUCAAGUCCUGGCUGAUGUCAGACAAGAAGGACUCUGAAGCUAAAAAGAUGUACGACGAUGCCUUGGAGGCAAUAGAAAAGCAUUUGGUGAAAAAAUCUGCAGGAGGCUUGACCUACAUCGCCGAGUGGAGGGGUGGCAUCCUGGAUCACAAGAUGGGCCACUUGGCCUGCUUCUCUGGGGGCAUGAUUGCCCUGGGCGCCGAGCACAGCGCGGGGGACAGGAGGCAGAGGCACCUGGAGCUGGCAGCAGAGAUCACCAGCACCUGCCACGAGUCCUACGCACGCUCAGACACCAAGCUGGGCCCCGAGGCGUUUCGCUUCGACGCGGGCAGCGAGGCCACGGCCACGCGCCUCAGCGAGCGCUAUUACAUCCUGCGGCCCGAGGUGGUGGAGAGCUACAUGUACCUCUGGAGGCUCACCCACCAGCCCAAGUACCGCCACUGGGGCUGGGAGGUGGUGCAGGCCCUGGAGAAGCACUGCAGGGUGGAAGCUGGCUUCUCUGGCAUCCGAGACGUGUACAGCACCACGCCCAUCCACGACAACAUGCAGCAGAGCUUCUUCCUCGCAGAGACGCUGAAGUACCUCUAUCUUCUGUUCUGUGAAGAUGACGUGCUGUCCCUGGAGGAUUGGGUGUUCAACACCGAGGCUCACCCCCUGCCCAUCAACCACACGGACUUCAAAGCAGCAGGGCAGCCCUGAGCCCCCUGCCCGGCUCCUGCCCCCCCAGCCUGGGCAGCCUCUGCUUUUCCUUGCCAUUGAAGGAAUUCCUGUUGUUCCUGAAAUGGUGUUUUGGGGCACUAGUCCAAUUCCGGACAGUAUUUUCUUGGGAAGAUGAACCAUGACUAAGCACCUUCUUUUCCUCUGUGAGGAGCUCUAUUAGGCUGAUGAAGAGAUGUUUAUUCUGGGCCAUACUGUACACAGUUCAUAGACAUUCCUUUAUACAGAGAAUUUAUAUGGAAUCACUGAUUUUGCUUUAUAGUGGCCAAAGGACUGGAAGUUCGCCAUAAAAUGGACUUUACACACACACGAACACACACAUCCUCCUUUCCUUUCUCUGGUUCAUUUCUGCCUUUCAUCUGCUCUUGGAUUUAUCACCUUUCCAGUGAACAGUUCUCAGAGUUCUGGGCUUUCUGGUGCUGGGCUUUGGGGGCUCUUCAUUUGUCCUUGGUGUGGGAGAGCAGCUGGAAUUCUCGGGGGUGGCUGAGGAGCCCACUGAGAGCUCAGGAGUGAAGAGGGGACAGGGAAAGGUGAUGUUUUAAUGGGAAAAUAAGAGGAUCAGACCCUCCACAGACAGGAGCAGCCUCAGGUUGCAAUUUGCAGAUCUCAGGGGGCCACUUGAACCAUCCUGAUCCCUGCUGGAGGGGUAACUCAGCAGGACAGGAGCAAUCCAGGAGGCUCCCAGAGUGGAUUGGUGAUGAAUUCCUCCUCCAAGGGAGACAACAGAGGAGCUCUGCUGAGCCCAAAAGGAGAUCCAAGGCUGCAGUGGCCAUGGGUGGUGAGUUCAGGAUGCUGAGGGCAGGAGGGAGGGGGUAAAGCUCCACCCUGGGCUGCAGCAGAGCACACCUGGAGCUCUGCAGAGGGACAGGUGACACAGCCCUGGGGCCCUGGUGGCCCUGCCUGAGCAGGGACUAGGACAGGGGCACCCCAGAGGUCCCCUCCAGCCUCAGCCAUUCUGGGACUCCGUGGUGUCACAGCUGUAACUAAACCAAAACUUGGCUGCAAAAUCCUUGCUCCUGAUGUAUUUUUAUAUACUUCUUUCCAUGCUCUUAAAACCAUCACAUCUCAUUUAAUUUUCUUUUUUUUUUUUUUUUUUUUUUUUUUUUUUUUUUUUUUUUUUUUUUUUUUUUUUUUUUUU